AUGUCUCUCGCAUUCGAUGAACGUGGAAACCCAUUUAUUGUUAUCCGUGACCAAGGCACUAAGGAGCGUCUGAAGGGAAUUGAAGCUCUCCGUGCCAACAUUCAAGCUGCUACAGCGGUCACAAGCGUUUUAAAGACAUCACUCGGCCCACGUGGUUUAGACAAGAUGAUUGUCUCACCACACGGAAAAAUUAAUGUUACAAACGAUGGUGCAACAAUUAUGGACGAUAUGGAAGUUGAGCAUCAAGUUGCUAAGCUUCUUGUCGAUCUUUCAAAGUCUAUGGAUAACGAAAUUGGCGAUGGCACAACAUCUGUCGUCGUUCUUACUGGCUGCCUUUUGGAAUCAGCCCUCGGUCUUCUUGAUCGCGGCCUUCACCCAUUACGUAUUGCUGAAGGCUUUGAUCAUGCUUGCGAUGUUGCUGUCAAGCGCAUCGAAGAGAUUGCUGAGACAUUAGAUUUCACUCCAGAAGAUCAUCAUAACCUUGAUGAAGUCUGCGAGACAACACUCAACUCUAAGAUCGUCAACCGCUACCGUGAUGAGCUCGCUAGAAUGGCUGUCGAAGCUGUUCUUCGCGUUGCUGAUCUUCCUCGCAAGGAUGUCAACCUCGAGCGCAUUAAAACAGUCUGCAAGGUUGGUGGCCGCCUCGAAGAUACACAGCUCCUCAACGGUCUCGUAAUCGACAAGACAUGGUCACAUUCCCAGAUGCCACGUGAUGUCGAGAACGCCAAGGUUGCAGUCCUCACAUGCCCAUUCGAACCACCGAAACCAAAGACAAAGUACGGAGUUACAAUCAAAUCAGCCGAAGAAUACGAAGAACUUCAUAAGGCCGAACAACAGUACUUCCUCGACCAAAUCGAUCGUCUUAAGAAGGCUGGUGCCCAGGUCGUCAUGUGCCAGUGGGGCUUCGAUGAUGAAGCAAAUCACCUUCUUUUCCAGAACGAUCUUCCAGCCGUUCGCUGGGUUCUUGGCGGCGAUAUCGAGAAACUCGCAAUUACAACAGGCGCUAGAAUCGUCCAGCGCUUCGAAGACCUCGCACCAGAGAAACUUGGUACAGCCAAGAUCUGCAAGGAACUCAAUUUCGGAACAUCAUUACAGCACAUGCUUCUCAUCGAAGGUGUCGCCGACGUCCCAUGCGUUACAUUCCUUAUCCGUGGUGGCAACCAGAUGAUGCUCGAUGAGGCCGACCGUUCACUCCAUGACGCCCUUUGCGUUGCCCGAAACCUCAUCCGCGAUAACCGUAUCGUUUACGGUGGUGGUUCAUCCGAAAUUGCCGCCGCCAUCGCAGUCCGCAAGGCAGCCGACACAAACAACACAAUCCACCAGUACGCGAUGAAGGCCUUCGCCGAUGCUCUCGAGGGCAUCCCACAGGCACUCGCAGGAAACUCCGGCCUCAACCCAAUCGAGACCGUAGAGAACAUCAAGCGCCAGCAGCUCGAAACAGGAAUCACAACACUCGGUGUUGACUGCGUUUUCGCUGGAACUAACGAUAUGAAGAAGCAAAAGGUCGUCGAAACAAUGCGCGGUAAGUGCUCCCAAUUCCGUCUUGCAACACAGAUCGCUAAGAUGGUCCUCAAGAUCGACGAUGUCAUCGGCGACAUCCCCAUCUAA